GGGAGCAAGCUGGUCAUAUCAAAAUGUAUUUUAUGUUCUUUGUUAACAGCACAUGCGCUGUCUAUCUGUAUCAGAUAAAUUAAUUGCUUUUCCUUAAAGUUCCAUAACAAUAAUUUCAAGCAUGCAGAGUUUAACUAGACAUGAAAGAAAAGUGUCAAAUUGCAAAGUUGUUUAUCAACAGAGGGCAGGAGAGCUGUUUGUGUGUAUUGCCUUUAUGUGCAAGUAAAAUGUAAGUUUUACAUUGGCUACAAUUCAAAGCUACACGUUUCUAAAUUCAAUUUAUUUCAGUGGGAAAGAACAUUCAUUUCAUUUCAUUUGAUAUUCAUAUGUUUUAUUGAAACUGUUUUUAACUAUUUUGUUACUUUUAUUGUUUUUAUUUUAUCUAUGUUUUGUUUUGGUUGAUCAUUUGUAUUGGUAUCUAGGGGCAUUGGCCCCAUGUGUAAGCUAUCCCAAGUCCCAUUUUGGAGAUAGUGGCAGGGUAUAAAAAUAAAGUUGUUGUUGUUGUUAGUUUACCAUGGCUUAAAGUAUGCUAACUAUUUUAGGCCAAUGCUAAAGUAAUAAAUGAGAAAAUUUUACAGAAAACAGAAUGAUUUUAAUUCUUAGGACACAUCUAUUAGAAAUGCAAUCUGAACUUUGAAUUCCAGAAAUACUCUACCUGCUUUUAAAAGAUGACUUCUCCACUAAACCUUGACUUUGUGCAUGUUUCUGAAAGAAGCGCUAAUCUUUGCACAGAAGCAAAUGGAGUAAAAUCAACCUCAACUUGCUUGGGAACAGGAAGGGGGAAUGGAAGGGGAGAGGAGAGGAGGAGAAUCACACCCUCAUGUCUUGUGAUUAUCAGCAAUAGAACUGUAGCAGAAGGGACCUAUUAUAUUGGUAUUAUUGGUGUUUUUUCUGUCAGUGAAAAGAUGUGUUAAACCAACAAUCUGAAUGCAAAACAGCAAUAGAAGAGAUACAAUAUUAUGUGAUAAGUACCACCUACAGGUACUGUUAUCUUGCUAUAAUUGUGAUUUGAAGCCUUUAGUGAUAAAGUCCUUAAAUGUCUAAGUUUUCAAAAUAAUGAAAAAGUACCUUAAAGCUCUUGCAUCAAGAAAACUAACUUAUUUCACUAUGGUGAACAGAAAGCACUAAUAUUUUGAUCACAAUUGCUUCGAAAUUAUGUAGGAUUAGUAAACCAGUCAAUUGCUCCAGUUAUGUGUUGUACUAAUGAACAGGACAUACUGAGUAGCAUAAACUUGUGGUACUUCAGGUGCUAAUGAACUCAAACUUCCAUUCCAAACAGCCACCAUACCCAAUUCACAGGAAUUAUAUUAAUUGUAUUCCAAUUACAUCUGCAGGGCCACGGGUUUUCUCUUUAUAGAUGUACUUUGGUCUCUUUCACAUUAUAGUCAGCCCUCUCUAUCCCUGGAUUCUGUAUCCUUGGAUUCAACCAUCCACAGCUUGAAAAUAUACCAAAAUAAUCCCAAAACAAAACUUUGAUUUUGCCAUUUUAUAAAGGUGAAAUUAUUUUAUUUAGCUAUUGUAUAUAAUGGGACUUGAGCAACCAUGCACUUGAGUACUUGUAUGGAGUCUGGAACCAAAUCCCAGGAGAUACCAAGGGCCAACUGUAUAGAACUUUGAUUUGAAUUUAGCAGUUUUUAGAGGUCCUGGUUGUUUUACUGGAAAACUGUCUGAAACAGAAUUUUAAUAUAGUUUCAUUUUCUUGCUAGGAAAAUCAUCCCCUGGUAUGUUUCUUAGUAUCUGACAGCAAUUAGUAACACAAGAAUACAGCUAUAGAACCCCUUUUUUGGAACUCUAACAGAAAAGGUGCCAGCUUGGCUCAGCAGGCUUACAAUCAACAUUUGAUAGAUUAGGCAAAGAGAACUCAAAGAGUCCUGUGAUUAAUGAGGGUGAGACAAAGAAAAAAUUGAGAGGCAUAAGGGAGAAGCAGGGUGAAGCCCAGAUUAUAGAUGAUCAUAGCAACUGUCAUUUGAUAAGUUGGGUAAGUGCUGUAAUCAAUCAUUAUGUGAUCAUUCCCCAUGGCCUGAUGCCGAUUAUAUCCAGAGGUGCACCAAAUUGAAAAGGAUGACCUUCCAGAUUAACUGUGGAGACCAAUAAUUACAGAAAUAUCACAGAAACUCAUAUUUUGUGUUUUGGAGGCCCAAGGCCAGGAAAGGUCACUUGAAAUAGAAGAUUGAACAAGUGCAAUCAAGAUAUAGCAGAUUAUGUGGAAGAAUUCCGGGAGUUUUCAAAGAAGAUGAUGUCACGCGUAGAAGGCCUUGGCAUUUUAAAGACAGAGCUUAAAAAUGAAGUGGAUCAUUUGCUAACAAGAGUGGAAAGGGCUCAGAGAGAAAUUGACUACUUUGAAUCUGCAAAAGAGUCACCAAGCCCCUGCAUAGAAGUAGACGAAGACCUACUGGAGCAACAAUUGGUGGAACAAGAAGAGUCUAAGAAAAAAGUCAAGCUUAUGCUUAAUGCAAGUUGCAACUACAUGAUUGCAGGUAUCAAGUCCCUAAAGAUAGUGAAGAAAUCUGGAGAUGAGCAUGGCUCAUGGUUGAAAGACCCAGGCAAGAAUCACCAAAAAAUUUAUUUCUUAACUGGGACAAAGAACAAAACUGCCAUGGAGUUUGCAAAUAUCAGGGCUUUUACUGAAAACAGCAAAAAACCAUCGCCUCGGAGAAUUAAUCUGCCAUUUCCAUGGCAAGGAACAGGGCAUGCUAUAUAUAAUGGCUUUCUGUUUUACCAUAAAUAUGGUUCCUUAAAUGAAGUAAUUAAGUUUGAUAUUCAGAAGAGAAAUGUGACAGACCAGAUGUUUCUGUCUGAUGCAGGAGAGACACCUGUCUAUGAACUUAACCCUUCUGUAAAAAUAGACCUAGCUGUGGAUGAACUGGGAUUGUGGGCAAUUCAUGCUGAGCCAGGUGGCAGCAGAAAACUGGCCCUUACCAAAAUCAGCCAUGAAAGCAUGGCUGCAGAGUAUACUUGGGAUACAAACUGCAAAAGCCAGAAUGCAGAAUCAGCUUUCAUGGUAUGUGGUGCCUUGUAUGUAGUAUACAAUUCACCAGGGGGAGGCACGCCUCGUAUAGAGUGUAUUUAUGAUACUUUAGAUGUCAUCAAUCCUUAUGAAAUCCCAAUCAUUCAUUUCCCCAAACGCCAGACAAGUCAUUCUAUGGUGCAUUAUUACCCCAGAGAAAAGCAACUCUUUGCCUGGGAUAAUGCAUCCCAGGUCAUUUACAAGCUCUUGACAAAACAAAAGAACUAAAAGAAUAACAACAAUCCCAAAUUAGAAAAUCACUCUUGCAUUCCAUCCACCUUUCUCAGUAAAAGUAUAGGUACUAGAACAGGCUAAAGAACGUUGUUGUUGUUUUCUAUUUGUAUUGUAUACAUUUUAGAAUUGAUUUUUACCACUCUCCUAUACUCUUUUAAAAAAACAUUAUUUUCACUUCUCUCCAACCAUCUCUGAACACUGCAAAGAGCUAGUUCUCAGAUGCAACAGCCAUGAACAUUUCUUCUUCAGAUUGCAGAUCAGGGAGAGAGUACUAAACAACAAUCUGGUGGUGGUGGCGGCUUUUUGGAAGCUGUAGGCCUUGAAUAAGUUACUAUUUUUAUUAUUACACCUAGCCAUGCUAGCUAGAAAUACUCAGAAUUUCAACCCCAAAAGUAUAUUUUCCAAAUUCAAGGAGAAUGGAAGUGUCCUGAAUGCUGAAGGAAAAGUGAAGACUAAAGGACCUGAACAACAAUGAGGGAAGUGUUGAAGAUCUAUCUUUUGUUCUGUCCCAAUGAGGAAAAAGGAGGGACAUAGGUAUUUUUACCUUAGAAACAGUGCACCCAAUUUGUCUUUUCUUUCUUGCUUGUUCCCCUCCUGCCUUUCCCUUCUCCAGAGUAGUAUUUUCUACUCUAGUUUUUUCCCUCUCAAUUUCCUGUUCUCUAUCCCAAUGCCACCCCAGACAAACAUCAUGAAAUUAUUUCCAAGAGCAACAUCAGAAGACAACCAUUCAGUAAAGAGAAAUCUGCCACCCUCUUAAUGAAUUGGCUGUUUACAUCAGAAUCCCCAAAUCCUCAAAUAUCAUGUCAUAUUUUCCCAUAUUCUCCAAGUCUUCUGAUUCCCAAGUUUUCUCAGGCUGCCUUAGCUAACUUUUGUUCCCAUUCUAGCAAAACCUUAAAAUAUUCAGCUAUGCAACAUCUCAACCAAUUUGGACCUCUCCAACCACCAGUCCCUUUCUGCCCUGAAUACAUUUCAUUUUGACCUUAAAAUGGUACACAUUUUGAUUUUCUCCUGAAAAAGAACAAGAUCUCUGGGGAGAUCACAUUCUUUGUUUUUAAAGGUCCCUGAUUCAAGCCCCGAUAUAAUCUGAAAUGUCUUGGAACGCUUCCUGCUAAAAAAACCUCUAGGGUCACUGUCAGUGUGUAAGAAAUGCUAUAUGGGGCUGCUCCAUCAUUAGGAAAGUGAGGCAGUGGUGGCUGAUAAGGUAUUGUGGAGAGUAAAGCCAUGAAUGCUAUCUGAGCAAUUUCUGCAUACUAGGUCUGGCAAUUUUUAUCUCCACAAGGGCCAGAUUUUUGGUCAAGCUUAAUUGCCUAUUCAAAACCAAGUUAUCCCCGAAACUGCAAGCAAAUAUAUUAUUUUCUCCUGCUUCCUCCACUAUUGUGAAGAUAUCAGUUAAUAGUGACCAAAAGUAUGAAAUCUUGUAUAGGGUUGCCAGGGCCAUAGCCAGAAAAAAAAUUCGGGGGGGGGGGGGGGGGGCUGAAGCUUUUAUUUGAGGAAUCAUGAAGAGUAGUUUCAUAACACAAAACAAUUUAGAAAUCAGGCUCCAUCGAUAAACUUCAGUGGACACUCAAGGCAGAUAAACUUCUGUGGACACUCAGGGGGAUUUGGUUAACCAGUUAAAAUUCAUGAGUAAACCAGUUUUAAAAAAAACUGAAAACUGUUCGGGGAGGGGGUUGAACCCCUAAACCUCCUCUUGGCUACAGCCCUGGGGGGUUGCCGAUUCCUUCUAUUCAGAAAGUAUUGGUCUUUGUAGUUUGGUGAGGUGCUAGAAGUCUCUGACUGAGAGAUUUAGCUACCACUUCCUCAGGAUUCCACAGGAUGUUGUCACAGCAGCUAAAGUGGAUUAAUAGUGCUAUAAUUGUAGUGUUAUAUGGCCCCUAGUGCUUUGAUUCUGUAAAUGAUAUCUCCAGUAUAUCAAAAAUGGGAAUUGUGUGACCCUCCAAAUGUUGAACUGCAAUUCACAUCAUCCCUUGCUUACAUAGACAACAAUGCAGAAUGCUGGGAGUUGCAGCACAACAAUAUUUGAAGGGCUGCACAAUUUCACUUCCCUGUUUAGCCAGGGAAAUCCACUUCAUGACUUUGGUAGGAUCAUACAUGUGCAGCACAACAACUACAACUCAUCAGAGAUGCAGGUCAUGCUGUGUGGCACACUCACCACUGUCCUCCAAGAAAGAGCAGCAAAGGAGAAACAUCUUCAGAAACGGUCACUGCUGAACCCCAGCACGCACCACCAGAAAUACUACUUGAUGCUCCACAGAAAGCUGGAAGGCACCUUGAGAUAUCAAACAGCCAGUAUGGGGAUCCAGGGAAGUCAUGCUCCCCCUCUAUUCUGCCUUGGUCAGACCACACCUGGAAUACUGUGUCCAAUUUUGGGCACCGCAGUUGAAGGGAGAUGUUGACAAGCUGGAAAGUGUCCAGAGGGGGGCGACUAAAAUGAUUAAGGGUCUGGAGAACAAGCCCUAUGAGGAGUGGCUUAAAGAGCUGGGCAUGUUUAGCCUGCAAAAGAGAAGGCUGAGAGGAGACAUGAUAGCCAUGUAUAAAUAUGUGAAGGGAAGUCAUAGGGAGGAGGGAGCAAGCUUGUUUUCUGCUGCCCUGCAGACUAGGACACAGAACAAUGGCUUCAAACUACAGGAAAGAAGAUUCCACCUGAACAUCAGGAAGAACUUCCUCACUGUGAGGGCUGUUCGGCAGUGGAACUCUCUCCCCGGAUUGCGGUGGAGGCUCCUUCUUUGGAGGCUUUUAAGCAGAGGCUGGAUGGCCAUAUGUCGGGGGUGCUUUGAAUGCGAUUUCCUGCUUCUUAGCAGGGGGUUGGAAUAGAUGGCCCAUGAGAUCUCUUCCAACUCUACUAUUCUAUGAUUCUAUGGGGAAGAAGUUUUACAACAGACAUAGUUUGAUUGAACAUUCCUGCUAUGUGCAUAAUGGAUCCUUUGGGAUGGAGGUGAUUUCCUUUUAAUAGCAGGGAAAGGGAUUUUCACUUCCACACAAGAUGGGGAAGAAUACAAUGUAGAAGUCUCCUUCAAUGUUCUUGUAGUGUGUGAAAUUCUAGUUGGUCUCAUAAUUUAAGAUCUCCACUGAUAUAGAAUCACAACCAUUCUACAAGAUAUUAUCUUCAGAGCUGCUGCGGCCAAUUCACCAGCCAGUAACCAUACAUCUUUUGAAAAUCUUCUCCAUACUCAGUUAGGUUUUCCACCAAACAUUAGACAUGCAGUUCUGCCAGCACCUGUACUAAAAGGCUUACAGUUUGGUAAAAUCUGCUACUGCCAUAGCCUUCAGGAAUCAUGUAUGAUCACUCGUGGCCAAGUAUGAUUGUCUUUCAGAAGUAGUCUUGGUGUUGGGUCCAUAAGGAUCCACAUGGUCUUUCACAUUGAGGACAUAUUCCAUAUAGAAAACAGUCAUAACAAGUAUUUGCUUGACUUGCAUUCCCCUUCUCCCUUUCGCCCUCUAUUUAUGCCUUCGCAAAAUCCAUAGUACAGCUGAUCCCCAGUAAAACACUCAAAUACUAGAGCUUCCCAGUUCUGUGUUUAGGCCACAUUUUCUUUAGGUUAACUUUAAGCCCAUCUUGAAAUCUCUUUUGUUGUCCACUGAAAUUCUAUUUUCCAUUCUUAUGCUGAGAAUAAAGUAACUGCUUUGAGAGACUGUGAUUCGGCAUUCAGACAACAUGGCCAGUCCAGUGAAGUUGAUGGCAGAGGAUCAUCAUUUUAAUGCGGUUGGUGUUUGCUUCUUCUGGUCUUCUCCUUCAAGAACACUCCAAGUAAAUCUAGGUUCCUCAGUAGGAUUCAUGAUAUCUGUGUAUUCUUGUAGCUAUCUGUAUGCUAGUUUUCCUAAUAUAGAGGAUAUGUUUCUAAAGAAAUGAAAUAAAGAAUGAUAUAUUGGCACAAUUUUUAGUGUGUUUUAAUUCAGAUUUCCAGAUCGAGCCAUAUUUGGAUGGGGGGCGGCCUGGAAAAGUGAAUGACAAUGUCUCACAGAAGACUCACAUCUUGUUUCCUUAUGUUGAGAUAAGAAUAGUUGUUUAUUCUAUAAGUUAUAUCGGUGGAGCAGCCAUACUUCAAGAAUUAUUUUCAGAAGUAUUCUCAGGUAUAAUAAAGGGAACUUGCAAUCAUUCUAAUGCUCUGGUUGCUUAAAUUUGAAUAAAAGAUGUUGAAAUAUUGUA